GGUUUGGCUGACCCCAAUAAUCUAUAACCACAUAUUAUAUGUAAACAUUUGAAGCUUUUAAAAUUAUUUCCGUACUGGUACUUUACAAUCGUUAAACUAAAACAGACCCAGUAAUCAGGAGUAUAUUUUGAACUUUUCUGUUUCCCAACAUUAAAGAGUAGCAGUUUCACGUUGAUAAAGUCGGUUAGUUGAAGUUCUUGAAUAUUUUGUGACGACUGGCUAUUAUUUGGCUUAAGUAUAUUUCAGUAGAAGUUAAAGAUGGAAUCCUGUUUGAGUAGAGACUUUUCUGAGGAAGAGCUUGAAGAUAUCAGAUUAAGAGCUAUAGACUGGGCAUUGGCACAUGGUAUAUCAAUGAGACCGAGUAAUUUAUCAGAAGAUCAAGAUAAAGUUGUACAUGCACCAUUUACUUUGUUUCCAACAACAAUACCUGAAUCUAAUCUACAACAAGCUACCAAAUCUAUGGUAUAUUUCAGUCGUCUGAUGCAUCAUGUUGCUAUGGAUCAUCAAUUAUUACAAGAAUCAUUUAAACAUGUUAUAGAAACUGAUGAGUUUUCUAAUAAAUUAUGGCAGAUCUAUCUACAAAUUAAGGAUGAUAACAAGGUUCAGCCUGUCAGUCUCGGUCUGUUUCGGAAUGAUUUUAUGUUAGAUGAGAAGAAAGAUUCACCGGGCAAUGAAACUACUUUUCAAAUAAAACAAAUAGAAUUCAAUUCUAUUGCAUCAAGUUUUGGAGGUUUAGUAUCCCAGCAAUAUUUUUUACAUAGGUAUAUUGUGGAUUUUGCUGGAGAAAAGAACACAGAAAAACAGAUGCCUUAUAAUAGACCCGUAGAAGGUUUAGUUACAGGACUGAUAAAGGCGUGGGAGCUCUAUCAGAAUAAACAAGCAGUUAUUUUGUUCCUUGUAUCACAUAAUGAAAGAAAUGUUAUGGAUCAGAGAUUCUUAGAGUAUGAAAUCUACAAACAGAAUAAACAUAUUAAAGUUAUAAGAAAAACAUUUGAUGAUUUGGUUAAAAAUGGAAAACUGGCGGAAGACAGAAAAUACUUCAUAAAUAAAGAAGAAGUUGGUGUUGUAUAUUAUAGAGUAGGGUAUGCACCUACAGAUUAUACUGACAAGAUCUGGACUAUAAGAUUAGAAUUAGAGAAAGCCUGGUGUAUAAAAUGUCCACCUAUACAAUAUCAACUGGUAGGAGCUAAGAAAAUACAACAGGUUUUAGCUAAACCUGGUAUAUUAGAUAAAUAUAUAUCAGAUAUAUCAAUUAAACAAUUAAUACAAUCUACAUUUGCUGGCCAAUAUUCACUUGAUAUAGGAGAAGAAGGUGAUAAAGCUUUAAACAUGGCUGUCAAUAAUCCUGAUCAGUUUGUUUUAAAACCACAAAGAGAGGGUGGAGGAUAUAAUAUGUAUGAUGAAGAAAUGAAAAAUUUUUUAGAGGUAAAUAGAGCAUCCCAGGAAAGGGCUGGUUAUAUUUUAAUGGAGAAAGUAAGACCUAAACCUCAAGUCAACUAUUUAAUUAAAGCAGGAAUACCAUUUGUUAAAUCUUUGUGUAUAUCAGAGUUGGGAAUAUAUGGUUGUUAUAUUGGGAAUAAGAAUGAAGAAAUUUAUAAUGAAAAUUGUGGCCAUUUAUUACGGACUAAAACUGCUGAUACAAAUGAAGGCGGUGUUUGUGCGGGAUUUUCAGGAAUAGAUACUCCUUUUCUUAUACCGCAGUAAUCUGUUGGUUAAAAUUCAAUGACUUCAUUCCCCAUCACUAUAGGGAUUACAGUGUUUAAUGGCCUGGCUUAAUCAAAUUUUAUACACUUGAUUUCCACAGUGACUGAUACUGCUCUGAUUGUUUUCUUCUGAAGUAUUAUGUUAAAGAGAAUGUGACACUGGAAAACAGGUUUUAAAAACAUCCAUCUCUGUGAUUGUUUUAUAUUAUUAGAAUGUAGCAACAUUUUAUAGACUGUAAUCCACUGGAUCAUGAUUUGAGUGAUUAUCUAAAGUUAUUCUGUGAAAAGUACUUGAAGAGGUCAUCAGCAUUUUUUUUUUUUUUUUUUACAUAAUUAAAUGCAUCACAUGAUUUUCCUCACAAAAAUCAAUAAUGAUGUAAAUGAGAAUGAGGGGUAAUAAUGUGGGCAUUUAUAUGAGAGUGGAAGUGGAAAAUGAAUAUUAUACAUUAAAAAAUAAACCAGUUCCCUUACUAAUCAUAAAAUAUCAUUAUCUAUUUCAAUUAUCUAUAAAAUUCAGGUAAUGAAAUUUGUUAUCAAUAUAUAUUUGUUAAUUUUAUGUUUUAAUAUAAUAUUUAGUGUAUCAUG